AUGUUUUGCAAAAUACUUGUUGGUUCCUGUGCGGGAUCUGCCGAUGCUGCUUUAUAUCGACAGCAAGUUCAAAUAUCUAUUGCAACUUUACUUUUAUUAUUCGGUGUUUGUUGGGCACAAUUUGACGAAGAAAAGGAUACCAUUAUAGACUUACCGAAAUUAGGCACCAUUCAAGGGAAAACUAUUGAAACGGCUUGGUCUAAGCGGCAGGUGCUACAGUUUGUGGAUAUUAGAUAUGCAGAGCCUCCCACCGGAAAGUAUAGAUUCAAGCCUCCACGACCUGUAGAGCCCUGGGAUGAUGUUAUGGAUGCCACAGCUGAGAAAAUCGGUUGCCCUUCAGUUGUUUCCAUGGAAUCUUUAAAGAAGCUGGAUGAUGUGCUGGAUAUAGAAGACUGCCUAACCUUGACUAUAUCCACGCCCAACGUCACCGGUCGCUAUCCAGUUCUGGUUUACGUACAUGGCGAAUAUUUAUUUGAAGGCAGCAAUGCUGAGGCACCGCCUGAUUAUUUACUGGAAAAAGAUAUUGUACUGGUAGCGCCACAGUACCGAUUAGGACCAUUCGGCUUUCUAUCAACAAAAACUGAAGAUAUACCUGGCAACGCAGGAGUCCUGGAUAUAUAUUUGGCAUUACAGUUCAUUAAACAUUUUAUCAAAUAUUUUGGGGGUGAUGAGAAUCGUGUGACAAUAGCGGGUCAAGUGGGUGGAGCAGCAAUCGCACAUUUACUUGCCAUUUCACCAAUGGUGCAACAAGGGCUUUUCCAUCAGGUUAUAUAUCACUCAGGCUCCGCGUUGAUGCCUAUUUUUCUGGAAGAAAAUCCCAGGCAACAUGCUCAGGAAAUCGCCGAGAAGGCCGAAUGCCAAAUGAAAACGGUGCGGGAUUUAAAUGAAUGUUUAAUGGAUUUGUCACCACUAGAAUUACUGAGUGCAUUCAUGACGCAUGCACUCGAAAAAUCCGAUUUGGGUGUUGGACACACGGGUGGCAUUCAAUUCACGAUUGGCGGACCAAGUGGCGUUUUGCCCGAGCACCCUUAUGAUCUUAUGCUGAACUCAAACUUUUCCUACCCAGCAAUGGGUGGCUGCCCAAGGAAUGUUGGUUCACGAGUUUUGAACGAAAUUGUUGAAAACGACUUUGAGGGCAUCAUACCAGACGAUAAAUAUAGAGCUUAUGAUUAUAUUGAUCAUGUCAUUCGCCAAGUCGUGGGCACUGAUAGAACGAUGAUUUUGACAAGUUUCGUGACCCACGAUUUUUUCAAUAGGAAGUUAAUGGAAAACGGUACUUUCAGUACUUUAAUACCACGAUUAAUCGACGUUGGUGGUACUUUAAUGCAUAAAUUACCGGUUUUACUGGCACUCAAUAUGAAUAAUAAACAUGUUCCGGACAAUACAUUCCUAUAUUCUUUCGAUUAUAUGGGUGAAUUCAAUCGGUAUCGAGAUCUGGAUGAGGAGACUAACAUGCAGAGUCCUUUUAAAGCCGGAGUCUCUCUAACAGAUGAAGCACUCUAUCUCUUUCCCUACCCGCAGCAUGUCACUAACUUGAGUUCGCCCGAUAUAUCAAUGGCUAUGCGUAUGGUGGAUCUAUGGUCUUCGUUCGUGAUUAACGGGAAUCCCUUUAGCGACUUGCGCGCAGGAUAUUGGCCACCGAUGACCACGUUGUAUGGUCCAUACAUGAAAAUAGACGAUACAUUAACGGUCAGCGGAAAUUAUUUCAAAGAGUUCUCAGCAACGCUAAUAGACGAGGAAAAUGGUCAUAGUCUAGUGCGUGAAAGUUAUUACCUGCGCAACAAACUCGCCAAAAGACGGCGAAAAGUUAAACGCAAUAGGCGAAGAAAAUUGAAUGGCAAGUUUUUAUUGAAGCGGUCAUAUAUUUCCAAAAUUCGUAAAUAG